CGGUGUCAGUGCUGAAAAUAUUUGGGCAUUACACAGAGGAAUUCAAUUUUUUUUAUCUGCAAUGAGAGCCGAACAGACAGAAAAUGGAGAAAACUCAACGAACUCGCAGAGUGAAAUGCUGAUUAAUCAGUUAAAGGAGAUCACCGGCAUCCAGGACCCACAGAUUCUCCACAGAGCACUGAAUGCCAGCCAGGGUGACAUUGGACAUGCUGUUGGACUGUUGACAACCCAGACGGCAGAGGUUCAGGAUCCAGGGGAGGCACAGCAGCCUGGAACAACAGGACAGAACUGGGAAGGCCACAAAGGACUUGGUAAAGAUGAACUGCAGACAGCCAUAGAGCUCAGCCUGCAGGAGUCCCACAAUGCCCAAGAAGAGGAGAGAGAAUUCAACAGGGCUCUGGAAGCCAGUGCAGAGGAGAACUCAGCACGAAUGAAGAGAAAGAGAUGUGAGGCUCAGAGUGAGAUGUGCAGCCCUGCAGACUGGAUCCGUCAGGACGACUGGCCUGUGGGCAUUCGCAACGUGGGAAAUACCUGCUGGUUCAGCGCCGUCAUCCAGUCAUUGUUCCAUCUGCCUGUGUUCAGGAGGCUGGUUCUCAACUACCACCUGUCUGAGCAACUGUUGGAGAGGUGUAAAAGUCAUUCAGACAAGAGGAACAUCGCUUUCAUGCAGGAGCUCCGCUGUCUGUUUGCCCUCAUGGUGGGCUCCACUCGCAGGUUUGUAGAUCCUUCUGCUGCAGUGGAAUUACUGCGAGAUGCCUUCAGGACCAGUGAGGCCCAACAGGAUGUCAGUGAGUUUACCCAUAAGCUUCUUGACUGGCUGGAGGAUGCCUUUCAGUUGGCUGCCAGUGGAAAUAAUGAAGAGGACAAACAAAAAAACCCCAUGGUUCAACUUUUCUAUGGUACCUUUGUGACAGAGAGAAGACACGAGGGUAAAACACUAUGCAACAUUGAGCAGUUUGGUCAGUACCCUCUGCAAGUCAACGGCUUCAACAAUCUGGAUGAAUGUUUGGAAGGUGCAAUGGUUGAAAGGGAGAUCGAGUCACUCCAUUCAGAUCACACCGUUCCAUCUGGUCGCGAGAGAUGGUUCAAAAAGUUACCACCAGUAUUGACCUUUGAACUGUCUAGAUUUGAGUUUAAUACACAGUUGGGGCGCCCUGAGAAGAUUCACAAGAAACUGGAGUUCCCACAGAUCAUUUACAUGGACAGAUAUCUUCAUAAAAACAUAGAGCAGACUCAUGAAAGGAGAGGAGAGGUGAAAAAACUCAAGGAGCAACUUGCCAUCCUUCAACAAAAAUUUGAGUGCUACAAAAAUUAUGGGUCAGGACCUGCCAAGUAUCCACUGGCUGACAUGCUACAGUUUGUGUUGGAGUUUGCAACCACGAAGCCCACAAGUGUUUCCCCAGCGGAGGACCUGAGACCAGCUGCAUCUUCCCCAACCCCCACCAGCCCUCUCAAUGACCCCAACUCCAAAGACAGCAGUGAACCUGGAGAUCCAGCUUCAGACGACCUAGUUUCCAGUGUUUCCAGUUGCCAAAGGACCCCUAUAUACAAGCCAUUCACUCAGUGCAGAUAUCCCAUUGACUGCCCACCGCACCCAGCCCCGCACAGUAUCACUGAAGAAGAGCUGCACUUUGUUAAAACCUGCCUCCAGCGUUGGAGGACUGAAGUGGAGAAUGACAUCAAUGAGCUAAAGGCCAGCAUUGACAGACUUACACAGGUGUUGGAGAGCAUGUACUCAGAUAACAGCCUCUGCCAGGUUCCCUACAGACUUCAUGCAGUGCUUGUGCAUGAAGGUCAGGCUUCAGCCGGUCAUUACUGGGCUUAUAUCUAUGACCAUGCCAACCAGCGCUGGAUGAAGUAUAAUGAUAUAACCAUCACUGAGUCAACGUGGGAAGAGCUAGAGCGAGACUCAUUUGGUGGCAUGACCAAUGCUAGUGCAUACUGCCUGAUGUACAUCGACGACAGGCUACCCCACCUCAUCACAGAAGAUACAGAUGAUGAGACAGGCCAAGUUCUCCAUGGCAUGGACACCCUGCCCCCGGUCCUCCGACGCUAUGUCCAAGAAGAUAACCGCUGGUUCCAGCAGGAGUUGAGUGAAUGGGAAGAGCAGUUCUGUCAGACAGCAGCCCCCCAGGGAGAAUCCACGGUCUCUGCAGAGCCCCCACCCCCCAAUCCACAGGACACACAGCAGCCUGCCGUGGAGCCAGCUCCCCAGGCAGGAGGAGGAUCUACAGAAGAGGAGGCCCAAGACGUUCCAGAAGCACAACCAGAAACAGAGGCACUGGAAGAUCCUCAACCAGAUCCAACAGGGAGGCCUGAAGUAGAAACAGAGUCAACAGGAGCAACAGAGAGCCCGGCCUGCCAUUCAGAUGACAGCAGCACAGUAGUCACCACUACCCAACGGCCAAACCAGAGCAUAGUUUCAGCUGAGGAGGAGCCUUCGACCCUUGAAACAGAGGUCAGUGUCCAGGCACAAUCUGAUUUCCAUGUGGAGCCAGAUGUCACCGAGGUGACAGUCCCUGAUCCUGAAGUUCCAGAGUAUCAUGAUACUUCCAGAGAAACUCAGGAGGCAGAGCAAGAGCAGGAGGUUCCAGCUCAACAGCGGCCAGCUGAAAAUGAGAUCUCAGAGGUGGAGAUCCCCAAUGUGGGCAGGAUAAUGGUCAGGGCUGAUGCUGAUGGAUACAAUGAAGAGAUGAUGCUAACGCCAGCGAUGCAGGGUGUGAUUCUUGCCAUCGCCAAGGCCAGACAGACGUUUGAUAAGGAAGGUCCUGAAGCCGGCCUCAUUAAGGCCUUCCAUGAGGAGUACUGCCGUCUGUAUGAGCUCUCCCAGGAGGAGGCCACACCUCAGGAAGAUGCUCGUCUGCAACACGCCCUUGUCUACUUUUUCCAGAACAAAGCACCGAAGCGUGUAAUAGAGAGGACACUGCUGGAACAGUUUACCGAUCGCAAUCUGAGCUUUGAUGAGAGGGCCAUCAGCAUCAUGAGGGAAGCCCGGGCCAAACUGCGUCUUAUCAAACCAGAGGAUAUGGACAUGGAUGAAUACCUGCAGUGGCAUGAAGACUACAGGAUGUUCAAGACAGUGUUCGUCUACCUGCUAACUGGCCUGGAGCACUAUCAGCAUGGGAAGAUGAGGGAAUCACUGACCUACCUGGCUCACGCUUAUGAGACCAACGCCACAUUGCUGAAAAACGGAGAGAAACGUGGUGUGGACUCAUCUCUAAUUGCAGUUUACAGAAGGAAAUGCCUCACAGUACUGAAUGAAAGUGCAUCACAGCUGUUUUGCAGCGGUGAUGACUGUAAGGUGGAGGAAGGUAUUUCCAUUAUGGACGAAGCCGUCAUCCCCUGCCUCCACCUGAUGAGCCGCGACCCCACUUUAACUCAGGAGGACAGGGACGCGAUGGAGAGCAUCCGCAGUCACUGGUGCUGCUGCUUGGGCCGAGACAUGAACGACUCACUGCAGGUGAAGCUUGGUGAGUUCCUGCCCAGGGUUCUGGACUGUUCAGCUGAGACAGUGGUACUUAAAGACCCACCUAAAGUCCAUGUGAGCCUGGCCCAUGACCUGUGCAGUCGCCUGGCGGCUGUCAUGGAAUCCAUCCACAACACGUCUGUAGUCACCGUUAAGUAAAUGCAUGCAAGAAGAGUCACAAUGGAACUUUUACAACAUCUGGAAUGCAGCAACACAGUUGGUGGAUGGUUCUGUCCAAACAGUCCAAAUUCUACAUGUCAUCAUCUACUUCGGCAUUAUGCAUGUACUCAUGCAUGUAUUGGAUUUGACAUGAGAGGAUGAUCUCAGCCACAGUCAAACUCUGUAAACUGAUGAGUGACACCAGUGUAGGGAGAUGCAGAUGAGGGUGGCUGUUCAUUCAAAAUGUGCCAUUGCAAAGACAGGAUGUAUUUUAGUAGAGGUUUGAUCUUGAAGGUUGUAUUGUAUAAUUCUAUAGUAAUGUCACCAUUUAUGUGAUUUUCCCAAACAAGCAAAAUAUGUGCUGACAAUGUGCUGCAAUACCAUAAGAAUCCAGAAAAUAAGACGUAGUAAGUAGAAUAAUGUAGUAAUCACAACACCCUCUAAUAAAUAUUCCACUUCACCCAGUCCCUUUGCACCUUGUGCAGUUGCACCCAUUGAUGUAUACGUAGACACUAAAUCAGUCGCUGCAGCCCAACACUGUAAAAGGCGUAUGUCAUUUUGAAUCAGCCAAGUAAACACAUACAGCUACCAUUUUCACAGAUAAAACUUUCAUCCAAAUGUAGCACAAAUAACCCUUUCAGAAAAUGAGCAAAAGAAAAGAACUGAUAUUAUUAGGAGUCAUUAUCAUCCUCAUGUUUUAAAGUUUACCAGUUCAAUAACAUACAAACUCAGCUGUUCAUACACAUUAGAUGUAUUUUAACCAAAAACACUGAGUGAGCUUUAGCUUUUGCCUCCACUCCUCCAACUUGCCAAAGCCUUUAUUUCAAUGGCAUUUCAUUAUAGUUUCUGAUCUAAUAUAACAGUUCUAUUCAUUUCUCAUGUUAAUCCGAUUUUUCAUUGGUCCACAGACAUUUUCUCUAUGAGCACUUUCUGCGGUUUGAAAUUUUUUCAAUUUUUCAUCAUUUUCUCCAUCAUUUCCUUGGAAAAAGAAAAUAACUGAAUGACAUGCGCAUAGCAAGUCAUUUUUCUAUGCGGGUUUGGGAUUAAUUUGGGGUUAAAUAAAUAAAUAAAUAUAGUUAGUCAGACAAAACACGUAGAUCAUGAACCCAGAUACAAAAAUAGCUCACUGAACUCAACGUUACAGUGCUUUUGAUCCAUUUACUUGCAUGUUCUUAGUAAUGACUGAUCCAAUAUGGUGGUACUGUUCACAUACGAUCCAGCGGCUGAUACAGCGUCUAUGUGUGUAUGUCUAUGGUUAUGUAUGUGGACCAAAACAGCAGCUGUACUUGCAAACACCCACGCAGUCCAUGCUCAGGUGACCUCAUACAUUGCACAGGUCAUAGUGAUUCACUCUCAGCUAUCUGGGAUAACAUCACAUCAUCAGUUCUUAACAUGGUUCAGUCUUUGUAGCACACAUUCUCUUUGACUUUAUAAAAUAUAACUCCCUUUACUGUGGCAUGUUGGCCUGAAAACUGGCAAGACAUGUUACACCUACACUGAACAAUAUCCAGGAAUGAAACGUAUAAAAUAUAUCAAACAAAAUAUAUAUGAUUAGAAGGUAAGGAGAGGAUAUGUGGGAAUUUAAUGGUGGAUACACUGACUGUUGUACUUUACUGGAUUUGGUAGAAUUUGCUGAUUGUGUUGCUAACCUGUGAGACCUUUAUGUAGGGCUGAAAAAUCUAGAUUUGCACUCCACACUGUUUAAUAGCUUUUUUAAAUUGUUUUAUAUCACUUUGUAAUAUGCCUUAUAUUUCCUAAACUGACUAUGGGCGGUUGCUGGUGUAGGUGAGGGUUUUGUCCUGUUUGAGGUGCAAAACCUGCAUAAAACAAUAGUAGAUUAAAUGUCAUGUUUGUGGUGCCCCUACUAUGUCACCGUACCAUGAAUGUGAUGAUGAUUUCAGGCCUAUAUUUACUGAUGAUACCUGUUCAUCUGAUUUCACUCUGCUUUUUGAUUAUAUUCUUUGAAGAUACACAAUAAAAAUCUGAAAAGGU